AUGGCUACUGCACAGUUAAAGAGAACUUCUUCCAUGAGUCCAUUGUUAUUUCCCAAUAAAAUAUCAACGGAGCAGCAGUCUUUGAUGUUAGUGAAGAAGCUCCUAGCAAUUUCAGUAUCCUGUAUCACCUAUUUGAGAGGAAUAUUUCCAGAAUGUGCUUAUGGAACAAGAUACCUAGAUGAUCUUUGUGUCAAAAUUCUGAAAGAAGACAAAAACUGUCCAGGUUCUACACAGUUAGUUAAGUGGAUGCUGGGAUGCUAUGAUGCUUUACAGAAAAAAUAUCUAAGGAUGGUCGUUCUAGCUGUAUUUGCCAGUGCAGAAGAACAGACAAUUUUAGAAUGUUACCAAUUCAAGUUCAAGUAUACCAAAAAUGGACCAAUCAUGGACUUUAUAAGUAAAAAUAAAUGUGAUGAAUCUGGCAUGACAUAUGCUGACACUAAGAAAGCAAGUAUUCUCCUCAUUCGGAAGAUCUACAUUCUAAUGCAAAAUCUGGGACCUUUACCUAAUGAUGUCUGUUUGACCAUGAAACUUUUUUACUAUGAUGAAGUUACACCCCCAGAUUACCAACCUCCUGGUUUUAAGGAUGGUGAUUGUGAACGAACAGUAUUUGAAGGAGAGCCUACACACUUAAAUGUGGGGGAAGUCCCAACACCUUUUCACACCUUAAAAAUAAAAGUAACUACUGAGAAAGAAAGAAUGGAAAAUGUUGAUUCAAGUAUACUAGCACCAAAACAAUUGAAAACACCAUUUCAAAAAAUCCUAAUGGACAAAGAUGACAUGGAAGAUGAAAAUUCUAUGAAUGUGAGUGAAGAUUUUUAUUUUGAAACUAAAAUAGAAGAGAAGAAAAAACCCUAUGGAGCUUCUGAAAUUAGAGAACCAAAUUUAGUUUGUGAGGAAGAUGAACAUAUGAAGUGUAAAGACAAUCUAAAAUCUCAUUGCCAGGUUGAGCAGUUGGUCAGUAAAACAUCUGAACUUUAUAUGUCUGAAAGCAAAACAAGAAGUGGAAAAAUCUUUCAGAAUAUAAUGGGAAAUGGAAAUGAAUCAGUAAAAAAAGAAAAUCUGAAGAGACGUCGAUGUGAAUCUAGGAAAACAGUCCUCUACUUUGAUUCUUCUAGUCAAGAAGAGUCAGUGCCGAAAAGGAGAAAGUUUAGUGAACCAAAGGAGUAUAUAUGA